AUGUCAAAAAGAAAUAAAAUUUCGUAUAUCAAACCACGAGAACCAUCAUUUUUGACGAAAUUAAAACAAGAAGCCAACUAUAAGGAAGGACCUUCAGUUGAUACAAAAAAAAUUGAACUUCCAAGUUAUGAAGAUGACGAAUCAUAUGAUGAUGACAACCCUACUGUGGUUGUAUUAACUGAAGGUGAUUUAACUUCCGAAGAAGCAUCCAAGGAGACAUUAGCCAAAGAAAAAGAAGAAAACAGUAAACCAGCAGAUUUAUCUAAGCGUAUAAUCUUCAAACGCCCAGCUAAAACUACACCACAAUCUGAAGAAAAGCAUAGAGUGAACAAAAAGAAAAAACGAACAGAAAAAUUAGUUCUAUCUUUUGAUGAUGAAGAAGAGUAUUCUUAA